AUGUCAAUCGAUGCCGAAAAUGAUGUCCUGCUGCUCACCUGUGCUAGCGGCAAACAGUGUUCACACGUUAUUCCCCUCCUCUACGGAAAAUUGAAGAGACUUCGUUUGGUUGUCCACAGACACGCUUCAGUGACGCUACUGAAGACGCGUGACCCGGACGCCGAAGUAGUCCAGGCAAAUAUGGCCCAAAUUGAAGAUAUAAGCCGUAUCAUUGCCGGUGUCACUGCUGCCGUCUUUAUUGCCCCCGCAUUCCACCCCAAGGAGACGGGUAUCGGCUACGCGUGA